AUGGACACGAUUAAAUGGGACCUCGUUGAUCUGAGGCUAUGGCACCUUGUUCUUACCCUCUCACUACCCUGGUGGAUUCUUAUCUAUUUGAAAAAGCGUCGCCAGAAUGAAGCCGAUGAGCUCUUUGGUCAACAGCAUGGAUGCCAGCCCAUCGUGCGGAAAUUGCCCUACAAGUGGCCCCUGGGCCUCGAUGUUUUCAAGAGUCAAUAUGAUGCUCUCGCGCGCGGGAAGCUACUGGCCUACCAGGCGGACUAUUUCCAGCAAUUCCAGGUCGGCCAGACUUUCGAGAUCCGGCUGCUGGGUCGGGUGGGCUACUUUACGAUGGAUCCCAAGAACCUGGAGUUUAUGUUGCAGACGCGUUUUGACGACUGGGAACUCGGAAAUAGCCGAGAUGCACUGCUGCCCAUGAUCGGCACGGGCAUCUUCACCCAAGACGGCCUCGCCUGGAAGCAUUCGCGCCAGCUUCUCCGGCGACAGUUCGUCCGCAUCCAGAGUCAAGACACUGAGAUCUUCGACCGUCCGAUCGAUGACCUCAUCAGCACCCUGCGGUCGUGCCCCGGGGACAUCGUCGACCUGCAGCCGGCGUUUUUCCAAUUCACCUUGGCUACCACCAUCCUGCUCAUUUUCGGGGAGGCAUCCGUCGGCCCGGGCCUGGCACCGAGCGACCACGCCCGGUUUGCCCCCGCCUUCGACUACACCUCGCUGAUCUCGGCCAUGCGGAUACGGCUGGCAGACUGGUGCUGGGCGUACAAUCCCCGAGCCUACCGGGACGCCUGUGGGGUGGUCCGCCAAUAUGCCACCCACUACGUGAACCAUGCGCUGGAUGAUCUGCGAGCGAACGGAGAGGAGAGUGCGGCCACGCGUCAUCCAUUCAUCCUCGAUCUCCUGAAGGAGCUCCGGAGCCCCGGGCUAGUGCGGGAUCAGCUCUUGAAUGUGUUGAUCGCGGAGAGAGAUACGACGGCUUGUCUGAUGUCGUGGGCAUGUUAUCAACUAGUCCGCCAUCCAGCUUCCCUCGAGCGUCUCCGCCAGGAAACCCAAUCGAUCACCAAGGGUGAAAAGCAGUUGACGCGAACCCUAAUCAACAAGAUGACAUACCUUCGAUACGCCCUCAACGAAACGAACCGCCUAUACACUCAGAUCCCGGUGAACGUGCGCCUCGCCCGACGCACCACCUACCUCCCCCGCGGCGGUGGGCCCAGCGGCGCCGCCCCCCUGCUCAUCCCCAAGGGCACCGGCGUGGGCUUCUCGGCCUACCACAUGCACCGCAGCCAGGCGAUCUACGGGCCCGACGCGGAGGCGUUCCGGCUCGAGCGGUGGGCGGGGCCCGAGUUGAAGAACCUCGGGUUCGCCUUUAUGCCGUUUCAUGGUGAACCUAGGAUAUGUCUGGGAAAAGACUUUGCUCUCACCGAGGCCUCGUUCGGACUGAUCCGAUUGAUCCAGGCGUUUCCGAAAAUCCGCAAGGCACUUGACGCGGCGGAUGUGGCGCCCGGCCAGGAAACGCAGACGCUCACACUGGUCGUUUCCAGUGCUGAGGGGUGUAAGGUGCAGCUUGGUUGA